CCAUGAAGCGGCCGGCGCGCCAUACGAACGACGACGGGUCGCGCACUACGAGUAGGGCGCUGGUCGGCUCCGAAACCCCGAAGAAGAAGAAGAGGAAGAAGAGGACCGCGGGAACAGGACCGGUGGAAGUGGGCUCAACGGACGACCGAGGCCGCAGCGACUUGUGACUUGACUCAGCCAGUGGCGGACAGGACCCCUGCGAACGGAGGGCGCCCGAACAGUGAGGAUACGCGAGGAAGGAAGGAAGGAAGGAAGGAAGGAAGGAAGGAAGGAAGGAAGGAAGGAAGGAAGGACUCGAGUCCCGCAUAGCAAGCGAAAAGAAGCGGACGACCUCGUCGAGAGACACCGGAGGCUCAGAGGAAGAAGAUGUCGUCUUCAGCGAUUGCUAAGAGCUCCAAGUACACGUACCGUUCUACGGGCGGUGCGGGCACUGCCGAUGUUAGCAUCGAAUAUAGCGCCGACCUGAGCGCUCUCAGCAGACUCGAGGACAAAAUCCGCCUACUGCAGGAUGACCUGGAGUCUGAGAGGGAGCUGCGUCAGAGGAUCGAACGCGAGCGCGCCGACUUGAGCGUGCAAGUCAUCCAGCUGUCCGAACGUCUCGAAGAGGCCGAGGGCGGCGCCGAAUCUCAAUUCGAGAUCAACAAGAAGAGGGACACGGAACUGGCCAAGCUACGCAAACUACUCGAAGAUGUCCAUCUCGAGAGCGAGGAGACCGCACAUCUCCUGCGUAAGAAGCAUCAGGAGGUCGUCGUCGACUUCCAGGACCAGAUCGACCAGCUUUCGAAAGCACGCGCCAGGGCUGACAAGGAGAAGUCCAAAUUCCAGCAGGAAGUGUAUGAACUCCUCGCUCAACUCGACAAUGUCACUAAGGAGAAGCUGAUGUCGAUAAAGACGGUGGAGAAACUCGAGAUACACGUGUCCGAGCUGAACGUCAAGAUCGAGGAACUGAAUCGCACGAUCGUCGACAUUACCAGCCACAAGACCCGGCUGUCGCAGGAGAACAUCGAGCUGGUCAAGGAAGUGCAGGAUCUCAAGGUGAACAUCGAGAACAUCACCUACCUGAGAACGCAAAUCGCGAGUCAACUCGAAGAUGCCCGCCGUCGUCUUGAGGAUGAGGAACGUCGUCGUGCGUUGGUCGAAGCUUCAUUGCAUCAGGUCGAAGUGGAAUUGGAGUCUGUCCGGGUGCAGCUGGAGGAAGAGUCUGAGGCGCGCUUGGACAUUGAACGCCAAUUGGUCAAGGCCAAUGGAGAAGUCUCAGUGUGGAGGUCGAAGUACGAGACUGAGGCCAAUGCUCGCGCCGAAGAGGUAGAGGAACUUCGUCGCAAGUACUCUGCUCGCAUCCAAGAGCAGGAGGAACAAAUCGAGACCUUGCUCGUGAAGAUCAACAACCUCGAGAAGCAAAAGUCACGUCUGCAAUCCGAAGUGGAAGUUCUGAUCAUCGAUUUGGAGAAGGCCAAUGCAACCGCUCGCGAGCUGCAGAAGCGUGUCGAACACCUCGAGAAGAUCAAUAUAGAGCUGAAGGCCCGUUUGGACGACACUAUGGCCAUGUACGAGCAAAGCCAACGCGACCUCCGCAACAAGCAGCAAGAACUGCAACGCACAAACGCCGAACUCGACAAGACCCGCGAAAUGAAGGACCAAUUGGCACGUGAGAAUAAGAAACUUGGAGACGACCUCACCGAUGCGAAGAAUCAGCUGGCCGACAUGAACCGCAGACUCCACGAACUGGAGUUGGAACUUCGCCGAUUGGAGAACGAACGUGAGGAAUUGGCCGCCGCCUACAAGGAAGCUGAAGCAGGACGCAAGAUCGAGGAGCAACGCGCUCAAAGAUUGUCGGCCGAAUUGAGCCAACUACGCCAUGAGUUCGAACGUCGCCUCGCUGAGAAGGAUGAAGAGAUCGAAGUGAUUCGCAAACAGACCAGCAUCGAGAUCGAGCAGCUGAACGCUCGCGUGGUGGAGGCCGAGACGAAGCUGAAGACCGAGGUGCAGCGUAUAAAGAAAAAGCUGCACAUCCAAAUCACCGAACUCGAGCUGUCCCUGGACGUCGCCAACAAAAACAACAUCGAUCUGCAGAAGACCAUCAAGAAGCAGUCUCUCACUCUGACCGAACUGCAAGCCCACUACGACGAGGUGCAGCGCCAAUUGCAGGUGACCCUGGACCAACUGGGCAUCAGUCAACGCCGCCUACAGUCGUUGACGGCCGAGCUCGAGGAAAUCCGCGGCAAUUACGAAUCCGCUUUGCGCGCGAAGAGGACCGUCGAGCAGCAAUACGAGGAGUCGGUUAGCCGCAUCAACGAGCUGACCACCAUUAACGUGAACAUCGCUUCGUCGAAGGCUAAACUCGAGCAGGAGCUGGCGACCUUGGCUGGAGACUACGAGGAGGUCACCAAAGAGCUGAGAGUCAGCGACGAGAGAUACCAGCGAGUGCAGACCGAGCUGAAGCACACCGUAGAGAUCCUCCACGAGGAACAGGAGCGUAUCGUCAAGAUCGAGGCUAUCAAGAAGUCGUUGGAGAUCGAGGUGAAGAACUUGUCCGUGAGAUUGGAGGAGGUCGAGGCUAAUGCCAUCGUGGGCGGCAAACGCAUCAUCAGCAAACUCGAGGCCAGGAUUCGCGACCUGGAGCUCGAGAUGGACGAGGAGAAGCGCCGACACGCCGAGACUGUGAAGAUCCUGCGCAAGAAGGAGCGCAACAUCAAGGAGGUGAUGAUUCAGGUGGAGGAGGACUCGAAGAACAUCGCCCUGCUGCAAGAGUCCCUCGACAAGGCCUGUCAGAAGGUCAACAUCUACAAGAGGCAACUGCAGGAGCAAGAGGGCAUGUCUCAGCAGAGCGUCACCAGAGUCCGCCGAUUCCAGAGGGAGCUCGAGGCCGCGGAGGAUCGCGCCGACACGGCUGAGAGCAACCUGACCCUGAUCCGCGCCAAACACCGCAGCUUCGUCACCACCUCGACCGUGCCCGGUUCCCAGGUGUACCUCGUCCAGGAGACGAGGCAGGACCUGUAAAAACAACACCGCCGUCGCCGCCACAACACCGACUUACCCUUUGCCAUCACGCGAACGCCGCGUCGCCGUCUUCGCAAAACUUCGUAUGUGUGAUACGAGGACCAUGCGUACGAAAUAUGUGACGUUUGAGAUGAUUCAAAAUUUCCCGCAUCGACAGUUAAUUCAUAGCGAAAUCGCAAGGCAGGAUUUCUCCUUCCUGAGACGGUUGCACGAAAUCGGUUGGCAAAAAAAAAGAAAAAAGAAACAAAAAGUUAAGAGAAACCGGAAAAGGGAGAAAAGGAUUUAACGCUUUUUUUUUUCAGUCAUUCUUAAGAAACGAAACGAAAAAGUUUAAUUCGGGCCUCAAUUUCGACAGGCGUCACGAACACACCACGACGAGAAACAAGUAAGUAAAGACGCGACGUGAAUUAUUACAAAAAAGAAAAAAAAAUAAAACCGAGAAAGAGAGAGAGAGAGAGAGAGAGAGAGAGAGAGAGAGAGGAAGAGAGUUUCCAACGGGCCGCACGGCGUGUUGUUAUUUUCGAGGGGUUAAAUCGGAGCAACCAGAAUAUACGAACCUAUUAAACUAAUUGAACGAUGUGCGAGUGCAGCGCCCGCUGUCGCCUGACGACCCGUCGUAAACUCGAAAUCACUUGUCCAACGAGACGCGAUACGUCGCAACGAGAACGUUUACAAGCGCAGAGAGAAAUGGGAAAUCGACGCUCGCUGCUUUGGAGAAAUUGGCGCGUGAACAUCCGGAAACACCGAGAUUGAGAAUCGAUCGUUAUUCUGCAUCGCGCCCUGCAACGAGCAGCCAGACAAGAUCUAAAUCGGAUCCUUCUCGUCCCAAUUAUGUGACUGUAAUCGAGCGUGAGGGCGGAGAAAACGGAGAGAGUGAGGAACGCGAGAAAUGGGGCAAUGGCAGCUCAGCGCCUAGCUAUAUUCGCGCGUGUCGCAAUUGUAUUUAAAAAUGGAUAACUUUAAUUCUAUUCUAUUACUAUAUAGAUAGGUAACUAUUGCCCACAUAUACACAACUCUCACUGUACGACAUACACAAUAACCUGUGUCAACGUUAAUUUAAUAAAUAAACUGAAACGCGUACGUACGAA